CGUCUCCCAAUGUCGGCUAACAAUCCCCCCUAUUUAUUCCUCACUCACUCCUUCACCUCUGCAACUAAAUAUUUCCAUCAAUGGCGGCGACUAAUUACUUCCUCGCCGCUAUCUUAAUCUUAUCACUUCCCCUCCCCGCCUUUCCCGCCACCUUCACAUUCGUCAACCACUGCACCUACCCCGUCUGGCCGGGGAUUCUCUCCAACGCCGGCACCGCUCAGCUCUCCACCACCGGAUUCCUCCUCAACUCCGGCGACUCCCUCCCCGUCCCCGUCCCGGCCUCCUGGUCCGGCCGCAUGUGGGGCCGCACUCUCUGCUCCACCAACCCCGACACCGCCAGAUUCGCCUGCCUCACCGGCGACUGCGGCUCCGGCGCGAUCGAGUGCGGCGGCGGCGGGGCGGCCACGCCCGCAACCCUAGCCGAAUUCACCCUGGACGGCGCCGGGGGGCUCGAUUUCUACGACGUCAGCCUCGUCGACGGCUACAACCUCCCGAUGCUGGUGUCCCCGAGCGGGAACUGCACGAUCACGGGGUGCGCGGCGGAUCUGAACGCGGCGUGCCCGGCGGAGCUGAGGGCGGAGGGCGGCGGGGGGUGCAGGAGCGCGUGCGAGGCCUUCGGGGAGGCCAAGUACUGCUGCAGCGGCGAGUACGCCACGCCGGAUACCUGCGGCCCCAGCGUGUACUCGGCGGCCUUCAAGAGCGCGUGCCCACGCGCCUACAGCUACGCCUACGACGAUGGUACCAGCACCUUCACCUGUGCUUCCGCUGAUUACGUCAUCACGUUUUGCCCUGCUCCCUCCUCCAGUGAGAAACCUAGUGAGAGAAGCAGCAACGCGCUGUUGGUAUCAAGUGGCGGCGAUUUGAGGCGUAUCAGUUUUUGGAGGAUUAUCGCCGUUUUGGUUGCAGUAGCAGCUGUGUUGCUGUUGUAGCGAUAUGAUUGAUGGGCUAGAGAUGUUUUGGUGGGUCGGGUCAGCCUGUCAUAAUGGAGUCGGGUCGAAUAAAGCCGGGUUGCGGCCUGAUGGAUUAUGGAUACACCCGAGGCGCGAGAUGAGUGUAUGAGCCACAGAUUAGACGUUAUGUUUUGAUGCUAAUUCUUGAAUUUGAUUGGAUAAUUCUUUUUAGAAUUUGGCUGACGAGACCUCAGCUUUGAUAAUACUUAUUGGAGUAACCUUCAUACACAUCCUUAAUUCUAAUUAAGUCUUUAUUUUUGUUUUUGA